GUAUCUUAUCUGUGGUAAGGGUGUUCUGUCAUUCAGGUGGUUUAGCUGUCAGAUUGUUUCACUAAUUUACUCACUUUAAGAACGCUCUACCGAAGCUUUUGGGGCUUCGUUACAGCGCUAGACGACUAGCCGUCCAGGUCGGCGGGUGCCGGCAGCUGUCGAGCGCCGAGCUGGCGCGCUGGAAUGCAGCGGGGGAUGGUAGCGCCAUGAAUAAGCUGGUGUCGUGGUCGGAGGAAGACGAGGCGGUGGCGGCGACGAACUCGGACGCUACUGAGUGCAAGCGGGGUGCUGUAGAGCUGGGGUACUGGAGUGACCCUUAUGUGCGCCUAUUCUCGCGCCCUCGCGCCGAGCGCAGGGCGCCUGAGAUCCACCGUGGAUACUAUGCGCGGGUGCGCGCUGUAGAGAUGUUCAUCCAUCAGUUUCUCGAGCGGUGUGACAGCAAGUGCCAAGUGCUGAACCUCGGCUGUGGGUUUGACACUCUGUUCUGGCGGCUCCGUGACGUCACACAGGCCGUUGGCAACUUCAUUGAGCUGGACUUUCCCACAGUCACCGCCAAAAAGUGCCAGAUUAUAAAGCGGAAUAAGCAGCUGCUUGAGAAAAUCACCAAUGAAGACGGUGAAGUAGCCAUCCGCGCCGGCGGCGCCGACCUCCACGCCGAUGGUUACCACCUGUGCGGCGUGGAUUUGCGUGACGAGCCCGGCGUGCUGCGCGCCCUCACCGCCGCUAGCGCUCGACCAGACGCGCCAACCCUAGUGCUGGCUGAAUGCGUACUGGUGUAUCUCCGGGAGGACGCAGCUAACAGAUUACUCCGACUUUUGGCGCAGCAGUUCCCCAAGCAGGUGCUUGUUGUGUAUGAGCAGUGCAAUCUCGACGACAAGUUCGGCGAGGUAAUGAUACGCAACCUAGUCUCCCGCGGGUGCGGCGAGGUGGGCGCGCGGCACAUGGACGCGCCGGGCGCCGCGGCCGCCCGCCUGCUGGCCGCCGGGUACGACACGGCGCGCGGCUGGGACAUGGACACGGUAUGGCGCUCGCUAAGCGAAGAAGAGCGCGCCCGCGUCGAAGCCCUGGAACCUCUGGACGAGCGUGAACUACUACAGCAGUUACACGCACAUUACGCGCUCACUGUCGCCUCCCGAGGCGAUUUGUUUGCUGAUAUCGACCUUAACGCGUAGACCUAGACUUGACCUGCAAUAAUUAUACACGCAUUACGCGCUCACUGUCGCCUCCCGAGGCGAUUUGUUUGCUGAUAUCGACCUUAACGCGUAGACCUAGACUUGACCUGCAAUAAUUAUACACGCAUUACGCGCUCACUGUCGCCUCCCGAGGCGAUUUGUUUGCUGAUAUCGACCUUAACGCGUAGACCUGGACUUGACCUGCAAUAAUUAUACACGCAUUACGCGCUCACUGUCGCCUCCCGAGGCGAUUUGUUUGCUGAUAUCGACCUUAACGCGUAGACCUGGACUUGACCUGCAAUAAUUAUACACGCACUACGCGCUCGCUGUCGCCUUUCGAGGCGAUUUGUUUGCUGAUAUCGACCUUAACGCGUAGACCUGGACUUGACCUGCAAUAAUUAUACACGCAUUACGCGCUCACUGUCGCCUCCCGAGGCCAUUUGUUUGCUGAUAUCGACCUUAACGCGUAGACCUGGACUUUACCUGCAAUAAUUAUACACGCAUUACGCGCUCACUGUCGCCUCUCGAGGCGAUUUGUUUGCUGAUAUCGACCUUAACGCGUAGACCUGGACUUGACCUGCAAAAGUUACACACGCACUACGCCCUCACUGUUGCCUCCCGAGGCGAUCUGUUUGCCGAUAUUAACCUUAACGCGUAGAUCUGGACUUAACUUGGCUCUCUGGAGUUGCAGGCGUACACAGACGAGACUACUUUCCAUCAGGCAGGCCGCAUGAUUGUUUGCCACCGACGUAGUAUAAAAAAAUUGGGGCUUGUACCGUGUUUAUGAGUAAGGGCGGUUUCAGAUUAGCGUUUUUUUUAUGCGCGUAUAUAAUACACGCGCGCUACAUUUCGCUACAUUUGGCCUGUACGCGCUUCGAAAAACGAGCUUAUAUGCGCGUAUAAAACGCCUGUCUGCUUGUCUGUGUGAGUGGUGACCUCGCGGUCUUGUAAACACUUUAUAACGCCUAGCCUGUACAUGUUUUGACCAAACAUCAGUACAAAAAGUCGCGAAACAAUAUCAAAGACGUCCGAAGAGCCAUAUGGGAGCCCUGGAGAAUAUCGGAUCUUUGACUGUCAGGACUUUUCUUGACUAAAAUCAUCCAUCAAAUAUAACUAUUCAUAUUCAAUAAAUAAUUUUUAAUUUAAAAAACUACGCAUUAUGCCAAAAAUCAAUCAUAUGCCAAAAAUGGCUUUCUAAAAUGAGAAACGAGCUGAUAUUCUACAAAUUUCUGGAUCAAUUUCGCUCAAACACUACGAAUUAUCGCAAAGAAAUUCACUUUCACGUAAAAAAAACCGCAUCGGAAUCGGUCCAUCCGUUGGAGCUAGAGCUACGAUGACACAGACAGACAUUGAGGUCAAAUAUAUAUCACCCCUCUUUUUCUGUCGGGGGGUUAAAAACUAAUCUUACUGCAUAUUGAUUUAAACUAACGCUGCUUUCACUCAUAAUUUAUUAAUUUAUAAAACUGAAUCGGGACUUAAAUGCGUACACUUUUAUUAUUUGGCCUGACGUUUCGAACGUGACAUUACGUCCGUGGUCACAGGCAGACUCAUAUGAGUACAUCGUUAUCGCGGGAGCAAAAGCAAGCCUGUCAAAGAACACAUGUAACAGAAUGCCUGUUUUUAUAUAAACGGGAUAUUCUGCCUACACAUUCUAAACCUCUUAAGAUGUGAAUAACAAUAUACGUAAUGGAUAUAUACAGACAAUUACUAUAACUAGCUUAUAUAUUUAAAAUAGGCCCUUGAGGCGUUGUAUCAAGGAUGCUGGCAGCAGUUCCUCGUAUCGCAAUACUGAUACGUUGUGCGAGGAAGCCGCCGCCUCCUCGGUCACCAGUUACGACCAGAUGUACUUCAUCUUUUUCAUGAAGUUUUCGUUGGAAAAGUUUAAUAAAACUCUUAUUUCACAUGUAAAUACUUACCUAUGAGUCAACGUAUCAACUUGAAUAAUAAGUUACCAAUAUAUUUAAUUUGAUAUCGGUAUUUGCUUUCUAAAAUAUUUUAUUUUGAUUUUCGUAAUAGAUGACCAACAUUUUAUCUAAAUUUCCAACUGCUACAUUUUGAACUCAUAAACGUUUCUCGAUAAGAGUGUCACUUUUGUUUGUCAAAUUUUUCAGUACUGUCAAAUCGUUGUUGCUCCCGUGAUAACGAUCUAUGUAUAAUAUCGUUGUUGCCCCCGCGAUAACGAUUUAUGCAUAAUAUACAUAAAAUAUAUAGUAAUAUAUAUCUAUCUAUGUAUAUGACCUUACGGCGCUGCUCUGUCGAGUCUGGGCUAAAACACGUGAACCGUAUUGUAUGUGGACUGAUUGCGACCUCAAACCAAAACAACUUAAGUUCUAGAGUCUUGAGUUGAGAAAUUGUCAUUUUUGUGUAGGCACCUGGACGAUUAGAGCGCUUACACACUACCCGAUGUUAACCCGAGAAAAUACAAGAUUUUGUCGUAAAAUCUGUAGAUAUUAUGAACCUCACAAAGAAAUAAGGUACUAAAUGUUGAAAUAGAUGCGUCAAUUAUAUUUUUCGACGUUGAAUUUGUAUGUUUUGACCAAUUUUAGUAAAUAUUUUUAUACUGAAAUAGUAUUCAUAACGAUAUUUUUUUAACAUAGUUUAUUGAUAUUUUCUCGGGUUCAUGCUCUAAAUCUCGGCUUCGGUCGAUUUUGUAUCUAUCGCUUACUAUCUCUUUCUUUAGACUACAAUUAAAGAGAGACAGCGUCUACCCAGUUGUACUACCCCCAAAAUAGCAGAUAUAAAAGUUGUAGUUUCUAAAAAAAGUUUUCGGAAAUUUUAACAAUUGACAAAGGAAACUUUCAUUUUGUAAAAGGAAAAUUUAUAUUCCCAUACAACAAUAUAAUUCCUAAAAUUUCCCUUAAGGAAAUUUCCCCACAAUGGAAACUUUCUGACGGCACAUCAGAGGGCCUACCGCGAACAUCGAUGUUCGCACACGGGAAUUUUUCUCUUUUACUCCAAUCAAAGAGUGAUAGAGUUGCUCGAAAUUUUCGAAUAUCGGUUUUCGUGGUUAUAUUAUAGCCCAGUACCUAAAAAAUUGUGUGUUGUUAUACUUCGUUUGAUAUUUAAACCCGACCAGAAAUAUAUGAUCAUUGUCAUGAGGCCGCUUUUUUCUCAUGACAGUUCAGUUUAGUAUGAAAAAUUUAGUUCCAAUGAAAUUCCGCAAUAUGGCGCGUGGUCAUAUAUAACUGGUCAGGCUUUAACUAAUGUAUUUCCUACUUAAACUUGCAAUCGUACGAAUCGUGCCAAUUUGAUCGGGUCGUUUACAUGUUCUCUUACUGUCGAAUUUUAGGUUAGGCCUCUCAUACUCAGAUUGACUUAUUUAUGUAUCAUUUUUAAUGUACAGCUGUUAAUGAUAAAUGUGUAUCUACUAGAGUCAGACCAAGAUAAGUUGGCAGCGAUUUUGACGUGAGAGUGUUAUUUUAAACGUCAAACUUCUAUGGAAUUAUGACGUUUACUUAACAUUUACACAGGCUGGGCUAUCAAAAUCGCUGCCAACUUAUCUUGGUCUUGCUCUAAAUCUAAUGUCCAAAUUCUAUAGUGUGCGGGCGGUCUAAUCUAUCUAACAUUAACUUAAAUUCAUCAAAAACCCGAUCGAAUUGUAUUUACGUGUAAUUUUGAAAUGCCGAGACAGAGCUUAGCGUAAGACGAAAUAUCCAUAUCAAAACUCAAAAUUGUAUGUUAGUAAAAAACUACACGGUUUGGUCGGGGUAAAUAAAUAUGGCUAAAGAGCAAAGUAGCCUGGCUAAAUGGCAUUACAAGUACAUAGCUCCCGCAAAAAAAAAACACAUGGAAAUUAUUAAUUUAUUAUUCUUUAUAAGCAUGUUUUUUAGAGAUUGAUUAAUCAAUAAAAUCGAAAUUGCAGAUGAUUGCGUUUAUACACUGUAUAUUUAGAUAUUGAAAUAAAAGUAAACAAACAAUUUGUACGUAUUCGGGUAGUUAUAACAUCGGUUAACCAACCAAAUACAAAACCGCUUGGAUCUGUAACUGAACAACCUGACUUUAACCUACAUUAUUUGAUCAUGUAAUGGGAGCCAUUUGAGGGUAGAUUUUGUUUACUUUUAUUUAAAUACCUAAAUAUACAGAGAAAUAUAUAGAUUUGGUCAAAAAAAAUUUUUCUGAGAAUAUUCGUGUUGGCAGAUACUAUAUGUAGUUGCUGGCCUUUUGAGUGCCACGUCGUCCAAGCAGUGAACUAUUGUGACAGCCCUUUAAAGUUCAUUACCAAUGCCCGUUGAAUCCAGGAAGUUCCAGAUUCAUUGGGCCGUAAUGUUCUGUACCUCAUAGGGUUGCAAUACGUGCCGCCAUGAUUAGGUACUUCUAUUUGACAUGACUGGUCCACAGGAACAGAGAAUGUGCAUUCCAGUUUCCUCUGACUCCUAGCAGAACCUGCAUGUCGCAUCUUGUUUAUUUCCAAUUUAUAACAUGUGUUUUUUCGACUUACAGUGUCCAGUCAAUAUUCUAGCCAUUUCUAUUGAUACCUUUAGCCAUUUUAUAUAGACUCUGACUAUAUGCCCUUAUGAAAACAGUUCACAAAAAUAAAUUCAAGUAAUUUGUGUACCUAGUUAAGAAUUAGAUGCACUGUAAAUUACCAUGUCCAUUGUGAUACCGGUCAGAUUAGCACUAGGCUUUUGGGAGUUGAACCAAAAAUAUAAUAUUCAUGAAAAUAUAUACGACAAAAACAAUUUAUAAAGACGCAAAAAAUCCAAGUUCCACCCGCGCCAACAUAGGGAAUAUUAAGCAAAACUCUGCGUAGGGGGCACCUCUAGCAUAUACUGAGGGCCUAUCGCGAAACACGAAAAUCGAAGUUUCGGUGUCUGCCUCUAUCACUCUUGCAUUUUCGAGCGAUAAAGAGGUAGAUUUCGAUUUGAAGCCUCUGAAACAAACCUUGAUGCAUCAAUGUUAUAGAGAAAACAUCUCAAAAAGCUGUUUAAAGCAUAAGUUACUCUAUGGUUUAGGAUAUGUGAUAAUGCUGCUCUCUGAAGGCAGAAUAUUGCAGUAAUACUUCCUAUUCGAUUUCAAAUCUAGUCAGAUUGUACGUAAAAUUGUGUGUUAUGAAAUACCUCUUGAUUUGGAACUGGUUUUUAUAUUUUAAAAUCAUAUAUUAGAGUAUUUUUGGUUCAAUUUUCAUCUCUUCGGUUGAAAUUUUAUUCUAAUGUUACCUGUGUGAUGUCGCUUCGUCGACUGCGUCUCUUUCUAGCGAGUAUGUAAGUGCGAGAGGGACGAAUGCCUUGUGCUAAUACUCUCUGUACUUGUUCAAAGGGUACCACUUUUUUUUUUUUUGCUUUGUGCUAGUAGUGUCUUGUGUCACUGAAUAGUGGUACCUUUUGGUUAAAAUUGAUACAUAUAGGUGUCGCACUAUAGAGAGAGGACACACACACACACAGCACGUCUUGAUAUGAAACGCCAUUUAAAAUACAUAAUUCUUGUAAAUUGAAAAUGUCAUACACUAAAGAAACAAUGACUUAAGUACGAUUCCCAUAGAACGGGCGGAAUCGGAGCGCGUUUCACAUUUGUAUGGCGGUAAGCCGGUCGGCUCCUCUCGGACGCGGACGGCUCCGGACGGACUCCAUCUGCCAUGCAUAAUGUAUAGACACUGAAAAUGCGCUGCGGUGCGGUCCGGCCCUAGCCGGUCGGUGGGAAUCGGACAUAAGCCUGCUAUUGUAGUCAUUGUAGAUAGACCGCGAGCCAGGAGCAUAUUUCGUCAGUCAUCGCCUCCCGGCGGAUACUUUGUCAGAUGAUAGUUUAUAUGCUAUCAUGAAUUAAAAAAAUAGUCAGCCGUUUGUACCGCGGUGGAAAAACCGCCAGUUGAUGACAUGAACAUGUAAAAAAUAUGCGCCUUACCACUUUAUGUCCGCAAAGUAUGCGUAUUGUUUAAAUCGCGUAAUCUACAUGCAAAGUUUCGUGAUUUGUUAUUGCUAUUAUAGUAAGGUCAUUAUCACCGCGAUACAACCGGCUGACGUUUUUUAAUUAGCAAUUUAGCAACUGAACUAUCAUCUGACUAAGUAUCAAAAGGGAGGCCAUGACAAUUUUUUUUCAUGUUUCGGUCGCUGCCAUUUCUCAACCCACCAACGGAGCGGCAUCUGACGUCCACGAGGGUUCAUCAUACAUAGCCGUUAACCACUAUACGAAUUUUCGCCCGGGAGGCGAUUGGUCAUAGAAAUCUGUUCCUGGCUCGCGGUCUAAGAGGUCGAAACCGGCAUCUUUCGUGGAUAACGCCAUAACUUCCAAGCCACCCGGCCACUGCUGCAUCUGGCCCAUUCUCUUCAUUGCAGAAGCAAUCUUAGGCGUCUUUGACCAUAAUUCACUAUCUAUAUACAUAGUUUCUAUACUAGUUAUACCCGUGUGUAUCCCAUACAUGUUUUCGUGUCAUUAGGCGGGUCCACACAGAGCGAGCAGCCUCGCGAGGAAAUUUCCUCGCGCGGCAAACGCCCGGACUUUUGCCUCAGCACGUUUGCCGCACCCAAACCAAUUUGCUCGGCAAGAUGGCGUCACUAGGCACGUCUACACUGACCAUUUUGUACGCGAGGAAGUUGCCUCGCGCGUAUGUUCGCUCUGUGUGAACCCGCCUAUUCGCCUCUUUCUACACUGCGAGAGCUAUAUUAGUCAAAAGCAAGGGUGAUAUAUGAGCGGCCGCUAUGGCGGCACCGUAGGCGAUUAUUCAGUAGGUGUAUAUUGUCGAAAACGCGCCGCGCGAGCUGUUUCUGUCUCAAUCUUACUUUAUGUAACGGAGUGCGAUGGGUGGCUUAUGCGUUAAUUGUUCCAUCUGUAAUGUAAUGUAAAUUUAGUAUGGCUGCAUUGGCCGCGUGACUUAUUAAGAUCUCUUAAAAAGGUUUUUGCUUAAAAUUUCAAGCAGUUUGACUGGACAAUGAUACAAUUUUAAAUGAGUUUACCCGAAGUAUUUUCGUAUUACAAUUUUUAUUUUAUAAGACGAGAAAAAAUUGCCAGGGCAAUUUAUUUUUUAUUAUUUUGACUUUAUUUAUCGCGCACUAACAUAAUUUAUUUUGAAUGAUCAGUCCUUUUACAAUCGCCAUCAGAUUUAUCGGAGCAGCCGAGGUGCUCAAAAAUAUCUGAACACGCGCUCGAACGCCUUCACAAUAGAGGUGUGUUCAGAUAUAUGUGAGCACCUCGGCCGCUCUGAUGUAUUUGAUGGCCACUAAUAGGAUUUACAAAAUUGUUAGCUGUAGACGAUGGUGCGGAUUUAUUUGCGCUGUUGCCAGCUCGUGCGGGCGUUUGUUAUCACAACACUAUUUUAGUUGGUUUUAUUAUUACUUAUUACAUAAUGUAUAAGUGUUAAAAUAUUUAUUUAUGGUAUAAAUGCAAUAUUAACGCA